GAAGAAUUAAAUUUUCUUUUUAUUUACUUAAUUCACAUUUUGUCAACUCCAGAAAAUGGUUUACUAAGCUAUGAGAAUCCAAACUAUCAUCUUGAUCCUAAAUCUAUAAAACACAAUCAAAAUCUGUUUGAAGAAAUAAUGUCAGAGUCAAAGCAGCGAGGUGGUGUUGGGGAUACAAAAGUCAUAAUGAGUAAUAGAAAAAGCUAUGCGUGUCUGGACAUUGGAUCCAUGGGUGUUGAUUUGAAGGAAACUUUCGAGAAAAACAAAAUUCUCACCGACAUGAAUCAAUAUCCUGAUAAUAAAAUGUUAACAGAAGAGAUUGCAAGCGACAGUGGUGAAAAGAAUGAUGAAUCGAGUGAAAAGUAUGUGAUAGAUAAGCCCGAAGACGAUGAGAAAAAAGAAUAUGACGAUGAAGACGGUAAACGAGAUGACAGUGAGAAGGUUAUUCGAGCUGAUAAGAAACUUUCAGGCAAAAACUUGCCACCGGGUUGGGAAAAACACGAAGAUAAUGGCGGAUACUAUUUUUGGCACAUUAAGUCCGGCACAAUACAGCGAGAGAUGCCUUUAUGGCCAAAGGAACUGAAGACUCCCAUUUUACCGCCGACCAGUCCAAUUCCCGGUGGCGAUGGAACCAGCAGCAUGUUCUCAGUUGCAUUUAAUUCCCUCUACAAUUACAAUUCAGAAUCAAAUGGCAGUGUCUCAAAUGGCAAUUGCAUAACGGGUAAUGGCACAGCAAAUGCAAAUUCGCAGUCGGCUGUCGCUCGCAGUACGUCCAGUCACGCGCUUGAUCUCGACCAAGAAAAUAAAAGAAGAAAAGAUUUGGAAUACAAACGUCGCAGUUAUCCUCUGAAAUCGGAGACAGACAAGCCCAUAAGAUUUGCAGUUCGAUCGCUCGGUUGGGUGGAAAUAGCCGAAGAAGACCUCACACCAGAACGUUCAUCAAAAGCUGUAAAUAAAUGCAUUCUCGACUUGUCGUUCGGCAAAAAUGAUUUGCUUGAUGUUGUCGGACGUUGGGGUGAUGGCAAAGAUUUGUUCUUGGAUUUAGAUGAAGGCGCUUUAAAGCUUAUCGAUCCGGAAAAUUUGACUGUUUUGAACACACAACCAAUUCACACGAUUCGUGUUUGGGGUGUUGGAAGGGAUAAUGGGAGUGAUUUUGCUUAUGUAGCUCGUGAUCGCUUGACGCGAGUUCACAUGUGUCAUGUGUUCCGUUGUGAGACGGCGGCGCGGACAAUUGCCAACACAUUGAGGGACAUUUGCAAGAAAAUUAUGAUUGAGCGUUCAGUGCAGUUGGAUGGAAGUAAUGGAUCUAACUCUUCAACAAAACGAGCUGUUCGACCGACAGACUUGCCAACAGAAAAUAGACAACGUCGAAUGAGGCAUGCACAAUCGUUCCCAACACCAAUGGAAGAACCAAAGAAAGUGUUAAGAGCACAAUAUCUCGGUUGUAUGGAGGUGCAACAGGCAGUUGGAAUGAAUACAAUUAAUGAUGCCAUUGAUAAGAUAAGUGGUGAAAUGGCGCCCGAACAUUGGAUGACAGUAAAUGUUUCUAUCUCGCCAUCAAUGAUUGCGGUUCGACCAAGUGGAGACGAUGACCAAAUAAUAGUAGAAGCUCGUGUUCGCUAUUUGAGUUUUUUGGGCAUUGGUAAGAAUGUGAAAAAUUGCGCCUUCAUUGUUCAUACGGCACAAGAUAAGUUUGUGGCUCAUGCGUUUAAGUGUGAACCUAGUAGCGGUGCUUUAUGUAAAACUAUCGAAGCAGCUUGUAAGCUUCGAUACCAGAAAUGUCUGGAUGCUCAUCCAGCAAAUAGUCGCACUUCAGCUGACUCACAAUCACCCAACUCUAAAGGCAUUGGAGAAACAUUGAAGAACAUCAUGAACACCCUCACAUUCAAAAAAGAUGGAUCGAGUUCCUGAAAGUUUCAUCGAAGCUUCUAAAAAGGAAUUUCUUUCUUCUUUUUUAUUAUUUCAUCUGAUACCAAAUUUUACUCCCAUUCCAACCCACACAAACACUCACACACACAUCAUGGAUCUCGUUAAAUUAUCGCUUUUUAACGAGAUUAAAAUUGUGCAAUGUCUUUUAGUUUUAAGUAUAAUUGAGAUUCAGAUUUACAAAAUGAAAUCAACAUUACCAAAGAAUUUGCGUUCAUGAAAAGUAUUUGUCUUGUGUUAAGAAAAGCUUAAGUUAAGUGUCAUAAUAUAAAAGUUUUUUGCUUUGCCAUCGAUGUUCAAUUUAAUCUCAGUUUUAAUCUUUUAAUUUAAGAUUAUGAAAAAGUAUUUAAGGAUCAACCAAGUGAAAAAUCAGUGCUAGAUGUCAUAAAAGAAUUAAAGUAACAUCAACAAAAUAAAUAAAAGCUAUUAAAUGUUCAAUUAACAUUGCCAUGACUAUUGCGUUCCGCGUUUCCUACUUCUCGGCUGAUGCAUUGCAUAACAUAGAGAAAAGUAAUGUAAUGAAAAGUUUUGAAGAAAUCUCAUUAACAUACAAGGAUAUUUUAUUUUUAUUCUUUAAAUUAAAUAUUCUACUCGGGUAAUUUCCUCGUUUUUAUUUCUUCU